GUAACACGAUUAUAAAACAAAAUCCACCUGUAGCUUGCUGAACCGCGGUCAAUGAACUCUACAUCCAAUCGAAUUACAAAUUCAGUCGUCUUAUUUUGCACACAUGUUUCUUCCAAGCAAACAGAGGCCCAACUGCCUACAGCCAGCAUUGAUUACCGUCCCCACCCCCGGCAGACAGUGCAGAACUCCAGAAAUCGGGGACCCCACCGGCAGUGCAAACCAUAGUCGGUACGCAUGGUAACGGUCGCGCCAUCACGAAUCCAGACCCAGUUUGUGGCGGGAAAAUGUGGGUCGGGACUUGCCUAUUAUUCGUCAUCCGUCGGUCGUCUCUGCGGGGUUGAGAGAGCGCGGGACUGAUUAAUGGCCGCGAAGGAUGUCAUGAACAAAAUUAUGUCAUCAAAUUUAAUGUUUAAAAAAACUUAAUCUAGUAACCUGACAACAUGAUCAUUUUUUGGCCUCCGUUUUGAAGUUUAGCGACUGUUUACAACAUUUUGUCACGUUUUGACAUGCAGAAAUUUGCACAAACUGAUGACGAUUCGUUGCACCGGAAAGAACGACAGUGUACGGAUGUUGCGUUUUUAGUUGUACAAUUUUGUUUCGUCACAGGAAUGUUUGGCCUAGUGCUAGCAUGCCUUCCCAGUACGGACAUCUUUCGCACAAUCUACGGCUACGACGAUUGUGGCAACAUCUGCGGCCGAAACAACAUCCGUGCAAUUGACCUGCCAUGUUCGGGCGAAGACAUGCGAUACAAGCCGUACCUACUCCUCACCGUCACGGCCACUUCCCUGGAACCGCUGCGAAGUUGCGUCGCGGAUUGUAACACCAGCGAGGGAUACGAACUGAUCUUCAACCGCUGCGUUCGAUUCCAGUUGAGGGGACUCGGCCAGGUCCCACCGCCACAGGGUUACCUGGACGAACUGUGGCAAGACGUGGGCAAUUUCUGGUUGGAACUGUUCGCCCUCUGCGUGAUGGCACUGUUGGGAUCGUUCGGGAUGUUGGUUCUGCUGUGGUGUGCCACUCGCGUUGUAAUACUGGCGAUGGUGGCUUCCAUUGUCGGAGUUUGCUUUUGCGGAACCGUUUGGCUGUGGUACACGUGGUACCACGCUGACGGAAGAAGCUCUAGCUCGCUGCUGUGGUACGCCGUCGGAUCUACGAUCGCCACUCUUAUCGUGUUUCCGUUGAUCACGUUUGUUUGGAAGAAGAUCACAAUGGUCGUACAGCUAAUGGCCGAAGCUGGGGAAGCCAUCCGGAGUAUGCUGCUAAUGUUGUGCAUCCCGAUUGCGACCAUCACAACCCUACUCGUGACGUUCUUCCUGGCUGCAAUCUUUAUCCUGGUCAUCGAGAGCUCCGGACAUGCCAAGCUGAUCGACGGCUCUGUCACCUACGAGAAAUCAACCUUAGUUCUAAUCACCCGCUGGUACCACCUAAUAACGCUAGCUUGGUUCCUGCAGUUCGUGUACGGCUGCCAGCACCUCGUCACGGCCGGCGCAACCACGCAGUGGUUCUUCACCCGGGACAAAUCCACCCUCAAAGCCCCCGUCCCCCGAAGCUGGUUCGCGCUGAUCCGCUACCAUCUCGGUACGGUGGCACUUGGCUCGCUCCUGAUGUCCUUCAUCCAGCUGCUGCAGUGGCUGCAAAGAAUCCUCCUUUACACCAGCGGCAAGUCCCAGAAGUUGCAACGCCUUGGCAACGCGUGCCUGUGCUGUGUCGGGUGCUGCCGAGGGCUGCUCGAUCCGGUUUGCCGCAAUGCGUACAGUUUGACCGCCAUGCGAGGGUUGCCGCUUUGCGUGGCCGGGACGGAGGCGGUGCGGCUAAUGCGCGUGAACGCUGCCAACGUGGUCGGUGUGAUGCCGACCGAAAGUGUGGUUCUGCUGCUGGCGAAAGUUUUCGUGGUGGCGCUGGUUGGGUACACGGGGCUGGAGUUGGCGAACAGGAGGGCGGAGCUGUACCAUCCUUACGUGAUGGCCGGUGCAGCGUGUGCGCUUUGCUUCCUGAUCGCGGACUGUUUUCUGCUGUUGUAUGAGGUGACGACCGACACGAUAUUCCUGUGCAUCUGCAAGGACUCCGAGGUGAACGACGGCACCAGCAGCCGACCGUACUACAUGUCCGCUCGCCUAGAGAGCUUCGUCCAGCGGGGACAACCAGACAAAAUGGAUGCCGAGCAACCAAGCGGCUCGCCCCGUUAGGAGGGAUGUUUCGAAGAGUUUUGGAAAAAGGAAAAAAGCCCAUUUAAUUUUGAUUAUUUUUAACAGGUUAAUAAUUUAUCUCUCUUUUGAAUAAGUGGUUGGUUUUUUUCUUCUUACUUUUCGUGGCUUCUUUGUUUUGUUUUUCACUUUUCACGCCUCUGUGUUUGUCUUAACCAUUUUGUAACACAAGUUGCCUUUGUUUUGCAUUGUUUCCUCAGUUUUGCUUCCAAUUCGAGUUUACCUUCGUGACCCUGGCUCUGUGUGGGAUCUACAGAAGGUGGGUUUUGUUUUAAUUCGCCUGUGCUGCUUUGCUUUGCUUUGCUUGUUUGUAUUUUACCUAAACAUUAUUCGACAUUUUCUAUUGCGAAUGUGAUCAUUACUGUGUGUGUGUUUUGUUGCUGUGUAAACUCUAACACCUACACGCGUGCGCGUGCUCUGCUGGCGCUACUUUCUAUUGAUACUGAGAUUUGUUUCUUUGCUAGUUUGCUGAUUUUGGCGUGAGCGUGUGUCUGUGUUUCUGUUUGUUAGUGUGUGUGUGUGUGUGUGUGAGUGUUGUUGCAUAACAAUCAACGACAUUGGAACGUGCGUGCGUGUGUUCAAGAUAGAUCCUCCUUGGUGUGUGUGUUUGUUUGUGAUUGGUUUGUUGGUGGUAUUGGCUGGUCUAACUGCUUCAGUUUGCUUUUCUCAUUUUUCCCUUUUGUAUUUGUUUAGUGUUAGCCUAAUCACUACCCAAUUAAAACAUCAAUCAUCGUACUCUAGAGCUAUGUUUUAUGUAUAUCUCUGUUCCUUCUUGUUUUUUUUUUUGUUUCCACAAUCAGUUCAUGGUUUCAGUGGCGCAUGAGCUUGCUUCAAGUGUCUCCAGAGUUCCAGCGGUGUAAAUUUGCGGUGUUUUUUGUUUAGUUGCUGUUAGUAGCUUGUAGAAUAGAAUAGGACAGAGUCGGAUAUCAGUUUUAGAUAGAUAGUGCUGUGUUGAGUAGAGAGCGAGUAAGAGAUUUUUAUUUGUAACUUUUUGCUGUGUAUUUUUGUUUAAAUUGGUAUCCUUCUAGCUUCCUGCGAGCACAACUGGGUACCGCUUAACCUGCGUGUGUUGAUUUUUCGCAAAAAAAAAAAAAAAAAAUAGGAAGUCAUCGCCCGGCAAACGUACGUACGUGCUUGCUAAGCUGGUCCGGUAGAAGCGUUCGUUUUUGUAUUUUUUAAUUUUUUUUUGUUGAUUCAAAUCUCGUAUAAACAGGUUCUGUGUUACACAUAAGUAGUGCUGUGCUGUGCUGUGUGUGUUUGUGUUCGUUUCCGUCUAAAAGUAGUACAAUUUCACUAGCUUGUUUGGUUGUUUUUGUUUGUUUUGUUUUAAUUCUAAGUUUGUUUUAAUUUUCUACCGUGACAAAUUCUUAUCAAUGUGUGUAAAUUCAUCUUAAAAAGUAAAAUGCGCGAAAUAUAAAGUCAAACAUUGAACUAAUGAUUUCUGCUUUAUUUCCCUCACUGUCGAUAUAUAAAUAUAUUACUUUUUUCUGCACAAGUCCAGCUUGCAUUCUUUCAGUUUUUAUUUAGUUUAUUCAUCUUCAUACCACUUACUCGGUUACAAUUAUUUUCAGACUACUGCUAAGUGUCAAUCUUUUUCAUCGUGAAUCCGUCUUCCACCGAGAGAAUACACGAACUUUUUUAUUCAAACAUUCAGUCGUCAUACACACACACACACGCACGCAAGGAGCGAUUUUGCAAAGAUGUUUGCUGAACAUUAUUUUUGUUGUUUUCUGCUAAAUUGCUUUGAAAAUUAGGUACGAUGUGCAUUUGUGAACAUGAGCAAUUCUGUGAGACUUUGAAAAGUGAAAAUUGUGGUAUUUUUCGUUGGG